AUGGCAGUCAAAUUAUUAGAAAAAGUCAUUAAGACAUUUUAUUAUUGGAAUUUGAAUACGUAUGUACUGUAUAAUGAAGUUAAUUUAUGCUUACGUGGUGUGUCAGCAAGCAAUUCUGACUUAAUUUAUACUGUCAUGUAUAUAUGUAAACAUUCAAAUAACUCACGUACUAUUAUACUAAGUCUAGUAUAA